AUGCUUGUGAUAUUUGCGCUAGUCCAGUCAAGUGGAUUGGUGAAAAUGGGGCCGCUUAAAGACGGAUCAAUGUUCCACAAGGGCUGCUUCAAAUGUUGGAUAUGCGGAACGCGAUUGUCGCUGAAAACCUACCACAAUAAUCGGAACGACAACACCGAUCUUGAGGUGUAUUGCGCCGGACAUGUGCCAACGCCGGGACCACACGAUCCGAUACCGCAUCGCUCGAAUCUGCUGUUCUCGCCGAAAACGAAAGGCGAAUACCCGCACAAUCUGAUGCGACCGGCGGGUCCCGCCUAG